AUGUUCUGUUUUGAAACUUUGUAUAUAUUUAUUAUGCUUCAGAGAUCCAUCUCUGAAAACCCCCUAUUAUUAAAUUAUGAGAUUGUUUCGGAUAUGCACAUGCGAAACCCCCUGAUGUUGAUUAAAAGGUUGAUUCACAUGUGCAUAUCCGAAUCAAUCCCUCUAAUAAAUAAUAUGGUGAGUUCGGACAUCCAUAUCCGAAUUCAAAAGAUAUUAUGGGGAUUUCUCCAAAGGUCUCUAAGAAGGUAUAAGGGUAUACUAAAAAAUUUCCUUCACAAAAUGACAACACCUAACCCUAAUUUUAAAAUGAAAGGAGAUGGAUGCCAAGGAUACAAAUGGCCGCCCCUUUGUAUUUUCAAAAAGAAGCAGAACCUAAAAUCUCCCAUACUCUCUCUCUCAUUUAACAUUUUCUAG